UCUUUCACUAGCUCUUCACACCUAUCUCUACUUCUCUACCCAAAGACAACAAUGGUUGCCUCAAGUAACUUCCUCCUUUUUUCAGCUUCUCUUUUCUUCUUCAUAGUCUCUCCUUCAAUUCAAGCUUCUUUUAGGCCUAAAGCACUACUCCUUCCAGUCUCAAAAGAUGCUUCAACUCUCCAAUAUCUCACUCAAAUCAAGCAAAGAACCCCUUUAGUGCCUAUCAAGUUGACCCUUGAUCUUGGUGGUGAAUAUCUCUGGGUCGAUUGUGACCAAGGCUAUGUCUCAUCUUCCUACAAGCCUGCCCGUUGUAACUCGGCUCAAUGCAACCUGGCUAGGUCUAAGGCUUGCGGAAGUUGCUUCGAUGGUCCCAAGCCAGGCUGCAACAAUAAUACUUGUAGUCUCCUCCCAUCCAACAGCGUCAAAAACAGUGGCACCAUUGGCGAGGUUGCCCAAGAUGUUGUAUCCAUCCAAUCUACCAAUGGAAAGAAUCCUGGGAAAGAAGUUACAGUGUCUAAGUUUCUCUUCACUUGCGGUUCUUCUUUUCUCUUGGACGGUCUUGCCGGUGGUGUUAAAGGCAUGGCUGGUCUAGGUAGAACAAAGAUUUCAAUGCCUUCCCAAUUCGCUGCUGCUUUUAGUUUCCCUAGAAAAUUUGCAGUUUGUUUGAGUUCAUCUUCAGGCUCCAAUGGUGUCGUCAUCUUUGGCGAUGGGCCUUACAAUCUCCUUCCCGAUAUCGACGUCUCAAAGUCUCUCAUGUACACCCCACUCAUUCUCAAUCGCGUCAGCACCUCAAGUGCUUCCUUUCAAGGUGAUCCAUCUGCAGACUACUUCAUUGGAGUCAAUGGCAUCACCAUUAAUACUAAACCAGUGUCAUUCAACAAAACUUUGCUUUCCAUCAACAAAGAAGGCCAAGGCGGAACCAAGAUCAGCACUGUCACUCCCUACACUGUGAUGCAAACAUCAAUCUACAGAGCAGUAGUUAAUGCUUUUAUCAAGCAAACUUCCAAGGUUGCCAGGGUUCCAGCAGUGGCUCCUUUCAGUGCAUGUUACAAUGCUAAAAGCCUUGGCAGCACUCGCGUUGGGCCAGCAGUGCCACAAAUCGAUCUCUUGCUACCAAACAAAGUGGUGUGGAGAAUAUUUGGAGCAAACUCAAUGGUGCAAGUCAACAAGGACGUAUUGUGUUUAGGGUUUGUAGAUGGAGGACUGGAACCCACAACGUCGAUAGUGAUCGGAGGGCAUCAAAUAGAGGACAACCUUCUGCAGAUCGAUCUAGCUGCAUCCAAGCUUGGGUUCAGUUCUUCCCUCCUCUUCCGUCGAACAACAUGUUCCAACUUCAACUUUACAUCAACUGCUUAAGGGGGUCCCACCAGUUCCAGAAUUCCUUUCCCAUUAUUAUUAUCGGUGUGUUAAUUAGAUCGUGUGUGAGAAUAUUGCACAUGGCCUUGUAUUAAAACCCGUGCUUUUUGCUUGCCAAUGGGUUCGUCUUAUGUACUUUGGAGUUCAAGUUGCAAUAAACUAAUGACAUAUUUAUCAAAA